AUGCGCGGCACUCUCAUCUUCGCGGGCUCUUCAUGCCCAGCCCUCACUUCUCAAAUAUGUGGGAACUUGGGCAUGACUCCCGCUGACGCGGAGCUUACCCAAUUUUCAAAUGGCGAGACGAGCGUGCGAAUCUUGACUAGCGUCCGAGAGAAGGAUGUCUUCGUCGUGCAAUCCGGAAGCCCCAACGUCAACGACACCAUCAUGGAGUUGUUGAUCAUGAUCUCGGCCUGCAAGGGCGGCUCCUCGAACAAGAUCACUGCUGUUCUGCCGUACUUCCCCUACAGCCGGCAGUCGAAGAAGAAGUCCCACCGCGGCGCAAUCACCGCGAGGAUGCUUGCAAACCUCCUCGCUGUUGCUGGCGUUAAGCACGUUAUCACCGUGGACCUCCACGCUUCCCAGAUGCAGGGCUUCUUCAAGUGCCCCGUCGACAACCUCCACGCCGAGCCCUUGAUCGCGAGAUGGAUUCGUCACAACGUUCCCAAUUGGAAGGAGGCUAUUGUCGUGUCCAAGAAUGCCGGCGGUACCAAGCGUGUGACAUCGCUUGCGGACGCGCUGAAGCUGAACUUUGGCAUGGUUACUACCGAGAAGAAGCGUGGUAUCAACAUGACCUCGAGCAUGAUCAUGCAUCAUCUCGACGGUAUCGACCGCGAGCCGGUUUUGGAGAGCAGCCGCACCGCCCCGGCUCCUAGACCUUCUACGCCCCCUCCCAAUGGCCGUGCUGGUAGAAUCAGGACCAAUGCUCAGGGAUCUCCUCAGCACACUGAUCCCCCGCGCUCCCAUCCUCGCACGAUGGAUGAGCGGCCUACAACACCCACCCAGACCAAGCCCCAUGAGGGACCUGUCGAUGACGAGGAAGGCGACACGGAGUAUGAUGACCGUCGCGCCCACGAGGUCACUCACGGUCGAUUGGUCCAAGGUCACAUUGUGGACGACGACUAUCCAUCGCCGGCUACUUCGACCGCGGGCGGCAGUGUCCGCGACGACGACCCCAUGACUGCCUCUCAGGCAUCUUCCUUCUUCGCUCCCCAGCCACAUGCUCUAGGCGGCUCCGGCGACGCUGUUCCCGAGUCGGACGAAGAGGACGAGGUUCUCAAGGACCCCAAGGUCGAGCACAUGAUCACGCUGGUCGGCGACGUUAAGAACAGAACUGUCUUCAUCGUGGAUGACAUGAUCGACAAGCCUGGUUCAUGGAUCGCCGCGGCUGAGACUGUGGUCAAGAAGGGUCGCGCCAAGAAGGUCUACUGCAUGGCUACCCACGGUGUCUUCGGCGGCGACUGUCUCGAGCAGAUGCAGAAAUGCGAGUGCAUUGACACCAUCCUCGUGACCAACAGCUUCCCGAUUCCCGAGGACCAGGCGAAGCGCACCCCCAAGCUCGUCGUUCUGGACCUCUCCUUCCUCCUCGCCGAAGCUAUUCGCCGUAACCACUACGGCGAGUCGAUCUCUCCCCUGUACCAGCACAUCCUGGACUGA